AUGCAGUCCCUGAUGACUACAAUUAAGAAACUGAAAGAAGGUGCAAAGAAGCCUUACAGUGUACCUUUGGAAUGUGUAAUCACGUCACGAUCAGAUGUCAUUAGAUAUAAGACCGGGGGCAUUAGCAAAACAAUGCUGUUUGUCAGCCUCUGUGACGCAACAGGUUACAUCAAGGGUUCAGUGUAUGAUAUUCAUAAGUUUGAUGACAUAGAAGAUGGUGAAGGUGUUUACAUGAAGAACUACAUUAUGAAGAGUGAAUCCUGUUUAGUUAUUACUUCGAAGACUCAUGUAAUGGAAAGAGGAAAGAUGUCUGUACCGGAAGAAUUGGUGAGGGAAUCAGUUCUUUUGACGAGGCCAGCAACGCCCCCACCUAUUGAUGUCUCUUUGGUGAAGAAAUCUCCAGUUAAGUCCACUGUGACUGUUACUGGGAAAAUAUCACAGGAUGAAGCUGUUCGAACUGUUGAUGUAGGUGGGGAAGAUGUUGAUGUAAGAAAUGUGACAUUGAGUGACAAGAACUGCUCAGUGAGGAUGGCAUUGUGGAAAGAACAGACAAGGUCAGAUGUGCACCCUGGUGAUUAUAUUACUGCAACGAAUUGCAUUGUUAAGGAUUAUCAGGGGGAGCUCCAAUUGACUUGCACACCAAGGACAACUAUUAAGAAACAGGAACCUCCUGAAGAGAAACAUGAGAUGACAAUUGUAGCGUUCAUUCCUGGAGGUAUUCACAUGCAAGUAGCUAUUGAAGGUUCAGAUACGUUCUACAACAUAGACAAGGACAUUUUGGCAACUUUCCUUGCUGUGACACAAAACGAACUGAAAAGUGCUUUGAAAGAGGCUGUACCAUUGAAGGUUACAGCAACAGUCUUGAACAAGACUAUCAUUGCUGUUGAAGAAGCAUAA